CAUUCAUUCAUUUUGUUUGUGUAGGUACUGUAAAUAUCGUGUUUUCAUUGCGUUAUUUGCGUUAUCUUCACGAAAUUAAACGUGUUAAAAUUGUUUUCAAGAUGCCUUGUACGUUUUACUUUGAAAACGCGUUGCUAGCAAACUUCACUUGCCCAGAUGUGGCUACCCUAAAGAAGAGGAUUUCAGAAGAUUACGGUGUGCCAUCUGAAGACUUGUUUGUGGUGAUAAAUGGCAGAAAAGUCUUUGAAAAUCUGCGUUUGCAAGAUCUCAAUUAUGUGGUCCGAGUGUACAAGAGACUGGUCGGUGGUAAAGGAGGUUUUGGUUCUAUGUUGCGAGCUAUCGGGGCUCAAAUUGAAAAAACAACAAACAGAGAAGCCUGCAGGGAUCUUUCUGGAAGACGAUUGAGGGAUAUAAACGAAGAGAAACGUCUAAGGAAGUGGUUGGAGGGUCAGGAAGAGCGAGAAAAAGAGGCAGCCGAGCGUAAACAGAAGAAAUUGGAAAGGUUGAUUGCAGAGCCAAAAAUUGAUGUGAAUUUGAAUCCCAUGUAUGAGAAAGAGCGUCAGGAGUUGCCGGAGAGAGUCAGUGCUGCUGUGGAUGCUGGCUGGCAGGCGGCGGGGAGCUCCAAAGACAUUGGUACGAAGAGAAAAAUAGAGGAGGAAAAACCAAAGGGAAAGAAAAAAGCUAAAUUGUGGAUUGAUGCGGAGUUGUCAGAUUGUUCGUCUUUAAGUGAUGAAGAGGAAGAGGAAGUGAGUACGAGCCGACCGCAGACAGUUUCUACGGACAGUGGGAAUGAGUCGGAUCACAAUUUAGAGAAAAGCAAAAAUUAAAACAAUUGACUGUGAAUUUAAGUGAAAGUGUUAAGAUUUUAUGGUCAUUGUUCACUCAUUGCAUUAGUCCUAGAAUUGUUUGUCAUGAGAUGACCACAACCAAGUACAACUUUCUAGGAUACUGAUGAUGAAAUGGUCUUAAAACAAUAGAUAUAAAUUAGUUAAUAACAUAACAGAAUAAACCAAAUUAAAUACACAACACAAAUCUUUAUUUUCAAUUUUGACUCCACAAUUUUUUUAUAAUCAUUCAAAAUAUGAUUGGAAAGUGCAUUGUGAAAAAACUAAAUUUUUAUUAUGGAAAAAUAUUAUACCUAAUAAUGGCGUGUAUUCUAUACAAUUCCUGUAAAUCUAAACAUAAAUAGGCACCAAUUGACACAAAGGAUGUUUUGCACUAUUGUCUGGCUUUGUUUACCUGGUCUAGGAAUAUGUCUUUAGGAUACAAUGUGUACAUAUUUAUUUCCUGUUUUUGAUUUUGUAGCCCAAUGCCUACAAUCAGUACCUAUAUCUUGUGUAAACCCAUGGACUUAAACUAGUUAGGUACUUUUUGAAAUGUAACUUUUUAAUUAAUUUGUGCCUAUGAAGGAAAAGAAUUAAAUCUGUAUUUUAAUUAUAUGGUAUUAUAUGUAUAGAGUAUGAUGGAGUAAUUUUUAUGAAGAUAUUAAUUCAUCAAAAAAAAUUACCUUUUUUAUGCAUGAUGAUAUGUCUCCCAUUUGAAACUAUACAGAAGUCAUGUUUGCAUUUUUAUUGUUUA